CCCCACGCUCAGAAAAGCCGCAGACUCUUUCUCUCUCCCACCCCACCCUCGUCCAUCCCUAACAGGAGAAGAACGCAGCUGAAGGAAAGCGCCCCCUGACCAUAUUAUGAGAGCUUUACCACACCAGUCUCCGUUUAGGUUUUCCAUCUGGACGCGGGAUCCUUCGGUGGCCUCGUUUUAUUUCUCGGGCUCCCGCUUCCUCCUCUUCCUCCUCCAAUGAAGCAUCUCCCUGGAAGCUGUGUCCUCUGACAUUUCCCCCCUUCCUUCAAAGAAGCCACGGCGGCCGCCUGCUAAGGCCAGCAGCUCCUCCUGGGUGCGUUUCAUUUUAUCUUUUUCGUUUGGAGUGGGAGAGAUCCGGAGGCCCAAUGGGGGCGAGGUUCCUGGGGGCUCUUUGCUCUUGCCGGGCUUUGCCCUUCCUGUUCUGCGCAGCGGCCCUCCUGGUGCUGCUGCCGGGCAGCACCGGCAGCGUGAACCCCGGGGUCACUCAGCAAGUUUACUCCCCGGAGCUGAAAGCGGCGGUCGAGAGCAUCACCACUGCUCCGCCGGUGUCCCUAGACAGCCACCCUGAGUCCAAGCACCCCAAGAACACUUCGGCCCCCGGAAAACACACGCACCAGAAGGCGUUUCCUGUCCUGGGCAUCGACUACAAGCAUGUAAGGAUCCCCUUCGAGAUUGCGCUAUGGAUCCUGCUCGCCUGCCUCAUGAAACUGGGGUUCCACGUGAUUCCAACCAUUUCCAGUAUAGUUCCAGAGAGCUGCUUACUGAUUGUUGUAGGGCUGCUGGUCGGGGGGCUCAUCAAAGCUGUGGGAGAGACCCCUCCCAUCCUAGAGUCAGACGUCUUUUUCCUCUUCCUGCUCCCGCCCAUCAUCUUGGAUGCCGGCUACUUCCUCCCCUUACGCCAGUUCACAGAGAACCUGGGCACGAUCUUGAUCUUCGCCGUGCUGGGGACGUUGUGGAACGCCUUCUUUGUGGGCUCGCUGAUGUACGCCGUGUGCCAGAUCAACGGCACCGGUUUGCAGGACACCGAACUCCUGGCCUGCCUGCUUUUUGGCAGCAUCAUCUCGGCAGUGGACCCUGUUGCCGUGCUGGCUGUGUUUGAGGAGAUCCACAUCAACGAGCUGCUGCACAUUUUGGUGUUCGGCGAGUCUUUGUUGAAUGACGCGGUGACUGUGGUUCUCUACCACCUUUUUGAAGAGUUUGCUACGUUCGACAAAGUCACCUUUACCAAUAUCAUCCUGGGUUUCCUCAGCUUCUUUGUGGUGUCUCUGGGGGGCGUCUUUGUCGGGGUUGUCUAUGGCAUCAUCGGAGCCUUCACCUCCCGCUUCACUUCCCAUAUCCGUGUCAUCGAGCCCCUCUUCGUCUUUCUUUACAGCUACAUGGCGUACCUGUCUGCAGAACUGUUCCAUCUCUCGGGCAUCAUGGCGCUCAUUGCUGCCGGAGUGGUCAUGCGCCCUUACGUGGAAGCCAACAUCUCCCAUAAGUCCCACACCACCAUCAAGUACUUCCUGAAGAUGUGGAGCAGCGUCAGCGAAACCCUCAUCUUCAUUUUCCUCGGUGUGUCCACUGUGGCCGGGAAGCAUCACUGGAACUGGACCUUCGUCAUCUGCACCCUGCUUUUCUGCUUGAUCGCUAGGGUUUUAGGUGUCCUGGGGCUGACAUGGUUCAUUAACAAAUUCCGCAUUGUGAAGUUGACUCCAAAGGAUCAGUUCAUCAUUGCCUACGGUGGCCUACGAGGUGCCAUUGCCUUCUCCUUGGGUUACCUCCUCAAAUACGAUCACUUCCCAAUGAGAGACAUGUUCCUCACCGCCAUCAUUACGGUCAUCUUCUUCACAGUGUUCGUGCAGGGAAUGACCAUCCGCCCUUUGGUAGAUCUCUUGGCUGUGAAAAAAAAGCAAGAGACUAAGAGGUCCAUCAAUGAGGAAAUUCACACUCAGUUCCUGGAUCAUCUUUUGACAGGGAUUGAGGACAUUUGUGGCCACUAUGGCCAUCACCACUGGAAGGACAAGCUGAAUCGCUUCAACAAGAAAUACGUGAAGAAGUGCUUAAUUGCUGGGGAGAGGUCGAAGGAGCCCCAGCUGAUUGCCUUCUAUCACAAGAUGGAGAUGAAGCAAGCCAUUGAGCUGGUGGAGAGCGGAGGAAUGGGCAAGAUCCCCUCUGCCGUCUCCACUGUCUCCAUGCAAAAUAUCAAUCCGAAAACUUUGCCUGUGGAACGCAUCCUGCCAGCUCUGUCGAAGGACAAAGAGGAGGAAAUCCGAAAGAUCUUGCGCACCAACUUGCAAAAGACCAGACAGAGGGUAAGAAAGAGGACCCCGUUAGCAUCUUUGGUCUGGAAAACUGUGUUGCGGUCAUAUAAUCGACACACCUUGGUGGCCGACCCUUAUGAAGAAGCCUGGAACCAGAUGUUGCUGAGGAGGCAGAAGGCUCGACAGCUGGAACAGAAGAUAAACAACUACCUGACGGUGCCGACACACAAAAUCGAUUCGCCCACCAUGUCAAGGGCGCGCAUUGGCUCAGACCCUCUAGCUUAUGACCCCAAGCCGGACUCCGAGAACCUCCCUAUCAUCACCAUCGACCCUGCGUCCCCGCAGUCUCCAGAAUCUGUUGACUUGGUGAACGAGGCACUGAAGGGAAUGAGCCGCCUCCCACCAUCCCCAGAGGAAGACGAGGAUGAGCAGGGGCUGGUAAUGCGGGCCAAAGAACCUUCCUCUCCAGGCACAGAUGACGUCUUCACCCCUGGAACUGGCGACAGCCCCAGUAACCAGCGGAUAAUGCGAUGCUUGAGUGACCCUGGGCCUAGGCCCGAUCCUGACGAGGGGGAACCCUUCAUCCCCAAAGGCCAGUGAGCUCCUCCCCAUGCACUUCUAGACCUGACCAGUAGGGGGAGCUUCCUGCAAACACACACAUACCUUGGGCUUUUCUCAGUUGCUUUCUCUUCUCCCUCUCUCUCUCCCUCUCCCUCUCUCUCUCUUUGUGCUCUUCAUUUUGGAAGCUUUACUAGGAGGUGAGAAAUAAUAACCGAAAUGGAAUGCACAUCUUAUGCCAGCUUGGCUGUUUUGCUAAGGAAAGUGGCAGGCAUAGUGGGUGACCAAAAUCCCUUGUCCUGAAAAAUGCCAGAGCCCUGCUCACCCCCUUUUCCGCAUUCAGAGGAGCAUCCCUUCCUCUGGGAUGGGUAGGGUGGCAUGCUUUGCCCCACUGCUACCUUUCCCCUUAGCGCCAAGAGACUGCUUCCGUUUAGGCACCUAAAGCCUCUUGUUCAUUUGCACUUUAGAGAGCCCUCUCUUUUCUCCUUCUUGCUUUGUUGCUGCUCUGAUUUUCCUUUCCAAACACACUGGAGAAGACGAGGAAGUGCAUCUUGUAUCAGGUAUAGCACAGUCUGGGGCGGGGUGGCGUGUUGCGUCACCCCAAGCCGGUCCCCGGCAUUCCUGUGGGCCAGUGGUGAAGCUGGAACUCUGUGGGAUUUGAGUAUGGCUUUAAAUCACCAGCUGCACUUCUCUUCAUUUUUUCCUGUAUAUUUUGCUUGUUGUCUUCUAGAGAUGGCGUUGGCAGUAGCUUCUCCGCUAAAGAGGGCUCUUGAAAGAAAACACUGAGCCAGGCAUGCUUUAAACCAGGCGUGAUUUUUAAAAUUUUAUUUUAGAGCACUGCUGGCUUGGAAGGAGCGUGGCAUUUUUCUGACACCAGUUUUCUGCACCAGGUGGUUGGUUGGGUUAACAAAGCAUUCCAAUCCUAUAGAGUUUGUGGAUUUCUUUUUAAAUCCCAUGAAGCCAUAAGAAAAUUAUUCUAGCCUUUUGGAAGUUCCAAAUUUCAGAGUCACCUGGUUUCUUUUUGUUUCACAAGUCUGUUAAGUGUAACUAAGCUGUUUGCUCCUAGAACCUGAGCGGUAAGUGUGCUCCAACACCAGGGACUGAUUGUGAUCACCUGUCUAAAAUUCUCCAGCGUACCUUCCCCUCUUUUCCUGGAGUUACCCACUUUCUCAUCUUAUAAUCCAAAUUACCUUUUAAAAAACACACACAAAGAGCAUUUUGUUGACCAAAGACGAAUACAUGGCUGUACAUAUAUAAUUGCUGGUUUAUUUUAACCUUAAAAAAACAAUGGCACAGGGUAUCUGUUUCUUUAAAAGGCGACAAAUUAUUCUACAAAGGGCACUUAGGGUGCCUGCGCAGAGGGCUGUUCCACUUGUCCUUUGCCAACCUGGUGCCUUGCAGAUGCUUUGGGUAUGCAGUUUCCCAUCAGCCACAACCAAUGCAGGCUGGAGCUGAUGGGAGCUGUAGUCCAAAAUGUCUAGAAGAUACCAGAUUGGCAAAGGCUGCUUCUGUGAAAAGCUUUAAUAGCCUUUUUUUUCCUGCCUAUAAACUUGAGAGCAUGAACUCUAAUAGGUAGCUGGGUUUGGGCGUUACCUUUUAGCAAUAUCAGCUGCAGAGGAGCCAGCUGCUUCUCCUUCCAGAGAGAACUAUCUCAACAGGGGCAUCCUUUAACUGGUUUAUGGCCCAUCGCCCUCUGGCGAGCUCCUCUCAGUUCUGCUUUCCCUCACCUGCCUGCUAGACUCUGCUCUCCCUCCGGCCUUCACUCUGCAGUGGGCAUCCUCCUCCGAUAGAUGGUGCUAGGCCAGAUGUUCCCAACUUGGUGCCCUCCGUAUGUUUUGGACUACAACUUUUAUCACUCCUGACCAUUGGCCAUGCUGGCUGGGGCUGAUGGGAGUUGGAGUCCGCCAUUUUGGAGGGCACCCACAUUGGCUACCCCAGAGCUGCUCCCAGUGCCUCUUUCAGUUACCUUACUUCUGGUUUCCAAAAAUCUAGCCCCUCAUUAUCCUAGCCUAUAAAACUCAUGUCUCAAUUCUUGACCACCAAAUUAUGUAUUACGAUGGAGCGCCACAACUAUUCUACAACCGGGAAUAAAUCCAACCUUGCAAAUAAUAGCAAGGCUUUCGUGUCUGGAAGUUCCAGGAAAUCCCGUCCAUCCCCCAGGUGGGGGUUCACGAAGACAAAGUGUUGCCUACAGAGCAAGUAAAUCACAUGGCUGAGACGGUGCCUCUUCAAAGCGGCAGGUGGCGUAAGGGGCAUGAUUGAAUGUUCUCACAUGAGAAGGGGGGCGGAAUCUGAAUGUGGGUUAUAAUUUUUGCUCUGACAUGGUUGUUUCCAAUAUGCUGGGUAUUUAUAGAUAGGUGGGUAUAUGGGAGUCUUUCAGCUGCACCCCUGCCCUGCAUUCUCAAAUGACGAGCUUCAUCCAAGAGUGGUCUGCUCCCUUCGUAGAGUUGGCCCUUAGCCAAAGAUGGCUUUCCUGUGAAGGCAUUGCAGGGAUUCCCCAUUGCUUACCCCCAAAGAAAAAGAAAGGAAUUCAGAAAGGGGACAUAGAACUCUCUUGCUCAGUGAGGUUGAUUUCCGCUCUAUAGCAGGGGGUUUGGGACCCUAUGGCCCUCCAAAGGUUGCUUGACUACAACUCCCAUCAACAUCUGCCAACAUGCCCAACAGCCUGGGAUGAUGGGGAUUGUAGUCUAAUAUCUGGAGGACAAGAGGCCAGCCCUUCCCAACCUGGCACCCUCCAGAUAUUUGUGUCUUCAUCUCCCACAGGGCUUGUGGGAUCUCUGGUGGGUUUGGGGGCUGGGGGCAAUCCUGUGUUUUAGGUUACUGCCCUGCACUGAAGUAAUCUAUAUCUGCCCAGUCUGAGCUGGUUGUGUUUUGUUUCCCCCCCUUUUCUGAGGAUGGGUGUGUUGGUGGUGGUGAUAAGACUAAGGUAGAGAGUAGAAUGAGUUUCUGCACUUUAGACACCAGUUCUGGAUAUUGCAAUUCUGUUAUCGAAGCUUCUUUCAAGAAGUGUGCCCUUUACAGAGCCAUGCUGGUGCCUGCUGUUCCCCCCCUUCCAGUAGUUCUUAGUUCCUCACCCCCAUCCCACCCCAUCCUGAAGGGGGCAUUUUAAUUUUCUGCCCCCUGUGCUGUGCCUUUUUAGCCAUACAGUGUCUGCCUGCGCAAAAAUAAAAUAAAAAUGGUGUUGUGAUUUGCCGCUCGCUCUGUCUGGUCCCUCCCAGCUCCAGCCGGGACGGCUAGACUAGGCCUGUUAAUAGCUCUCUGUGCAAACCUGUCCAUCUUUUCUCCCACCCAAAUAGCAACACCCUCUCCUUCCUCCAGCAUGCUCCCCCCACAACAAACACACAAGAGGGGAAGAGCUGCAAGCGGCACAGGUAAGAGGGGGGAAGAGCGGCAGAAGGGGGCUCAUCCGUCUCGCCCCCACUCCCACCACACGGCUCUGUGUACUCUCGACCUAACCUGGGCCUUGCCAUAGCGCUCUGCUUCAGGCUGAGCAGAGAUCAGUAGACCGCAGUAGCCUGUAUGUGCUUUCAUGUACAAAUGUUCUCUCUCCAGCGGGAGCUGAUAAAGCAAUGAAAAAAACAACUAUUGUAUAAAAAAAAGAAGUGUAAAGAGAGUCUUUUUACAUAAAUAUUCUAAUAAAUGAAUGUUUAAAUUUUUA